GUUUUCUUUUUCUUUCUUCAUCCUUCUCAUAACUUAUCUACAUCAAAUGAAAUCUGUUAAUCAUGCUACUAUUACACAAAAGUUUACUUUACCACCUUUGAUCAAAGACGAUACUCAACAGUUUUCUCCAAUAUUAGCCAAACCAGCCAUUUUAGUGCCACGAGGAUCUAAUACCCCUUCUUUGACACAUCCUCCUGCCUUUUUGGAACCACAACCGCAAACUACAAUGGACCAACAACAUGAUGCUAUUCGACAUCCUAGACCUCAUCGACUAUCCUUAUCCUCUUUGUCUUCUUUAUCUUCAAUUUCUUCUUCUUCUUCCUCUUCUUCUUCUUAUUCUUCUUUUGAAGAAGACCAAACUGGUAAUGAUAGUGAUUCCUCAAUGUCACCUCAUCCUCAACAGCAACAACAACAACAGCAACGCCACUAUAGAAAUAUCCUUCCCUUACCAGUUAUGGGUACAAAUUCUGGUAUGAAUGAUACUUACGAAAAUACCUCAAAAUAUACGGAUCAUCGUCAACUGCCUUAUAUUAGCACUUUACCAACAGAAUCAUCCUCUUUACACGUGACAAAUGCAUUGGGCAGCAAUAAUAAUAGUUCUCAACAACAUAAUCAUCGUCAUCAUCGCCAGAAUUUUCACCUUGGAUCCCCAUCAUGCUCAUCUACUACUUGCAAUAUUGAUAACAAUAAACCUAUUGGAUUACGAGAUCUCGAUUCAACUGGAUCAUCUUCAGCAUCUUCACCAUCUAAUUCCUCUUUAUCACCUAUUGAAGUCAUGACUCCUUCCUCACCUGUACCUUCCUCUCUUUUGACAUUUUGGGCGUCUCCUACAUCCGUCAACAAUGAACAACAGCAUGAAUUUGUGACAAAGAAUGCGCAUAUUAAACGACCUCGAAAUGCAUGGAUUCAUUUUCGCUGUUAUUUUGGUCAAUCUUUGAAAGCCAAAGAUCCUACUAUUCGAGCUGAAGAAAUAUCAAAGCGUGCAUCGGAAUACUGGUCCCGGUUGACAAGCAAACAAAAGAAACCGUGGCAUAUCCUUGCGGAACAAGAAAAACUGGCCCAUCAAGAAGCUUUUCCCAAUUAUCGAUAUCGUCCAAAACGUGCUUUACCCAAAUCAGUGGUGCUGAAUUAUACAACUUCAUCAACAACAUCGACUGGUGUAUUGGAUCAGUGUAGUAAAAAGUUUAGGUUGGUUUAGUGAAGUGAUCGUCAUUUUGCUUUGUUUAUGAUUUUCAAUUACUUUUUUAGUUUAUUCCCCGUUUGAUCUAUACCCAACCCUUCCCCGUAUUCCACAAUGACAUUUUUUUUUGAUUGAUAUAGAAUGCUUUUUAUUUCCCUUCUUUUCCUCGUAUAUAGUUUACUAUUACCUUUUUUUUUUUUUUCUUCUCCAAAAGCAUAUUUUUUUUGAAUGAUUGUAGAGUCAAAAGCAAAUAAAGAAAAUUCAAUUAUAC